AUGGCCCUAUCGAGUGUUGCAGCAAGUGCUACCCUCUUUCUAGCAGCUCGGAAGUACCCACAGGCCCAGAGGCCCGGGACGAAGUCAUGUUAUUGGCCACUGGCCAUUAAGUACUAUCGUGUUCUGGCCGGCCGAACGCUGCAAGUGCUUAUCACAAUAGCCGCCAUCGUGAACACGAUCCGACAUUCACCAGAAAGACGCGACAGUCCGCAGAGUAUCAUCGCUUGUCUCGUGAGUCGCUACCACCUGCCAGUCUGGAGUUGGAAGCUUGUGGUCAAGCAAGAGCGUCGCUGGCUCGAGAAGGUCGAGACCUUCAAGGACUCGUGCUUCCAAAGACGACGAACCCAGAGGAAGUCGAACCCAGGUGCGACCACUCACGACUAUAUAAGGACCGCAGACAACCCAGUCAUUCCGCGAUGCCAGUUCCAGCUGCGCAGUUUCGUGCGACAUCUCAGCCAGUUGGCGAUAUUCCUGACCAUGCUUGGUCGCCGCCUAGCCUACGUCCUUGCGGGACUCGGAGCGCCAACGUGGGCAGUUCCGGUCCUGCCAAGGGACGACACCAGCCCACAAUCAGUCCCUCAAGGCUGUAUUCCCGAAGUCUGGGAGCAGGCACACUUCUGCAUCAUUGCUCCUCCUACUACCACCAUCGGUCCAUCAACCAAGAUCCGCGAUACAACACAUGAAGCUCUAGAGGCGAGAGCUGCCGACAACGCUACGCCAGUGCUGGAAAUCAAGGGCACUCCAACAAAUGGCGACUGCAUCCCGAUAGUCUGGAACGGAGUUUCCAUCUGUAUUGCUCCACCAACAACGACUAUUGGCCCCUCAACCAAGCGCACUGAGCCUGAGGUUUUGGCUGAAAGAGAUACCCCUAGCCCAACACCUACGGAGAGUCAGACUUGCGCCAUCUGGAAUGGAGUUAUAAUCUGCUGGGCGCCUCCACAGACUACCAUUGGUGCAGACCCGUCCGUCCCCGGUGGACCACUCAUUCCAGGCCCAUAUGUACCUGGACAACCGAUUACCCCGGAUCCAACUAUUCCUGGGGGAGAGAUUACACCGGAUCCUUAUGUGCCCGGGGGAGAGGUCACGCCGUCCACCUAG